UGUUUGCAUCAGUUUUGGUAUCAACGCAAUUUUUCCACAAGGAAUGUUCUAUCAUGAGAGUUUUGGGUUACAAUAUACCUAUAGUCUGAACAAAACCACUGUAGUAUUUAGAGAACCCCUCCAAACUAUACAACUUAUUGCCUCAUUAUUAUGUCGUAACGAUGAUGACUUUGAUUCCCUCUUUUGUUUUUUGUACAAUAUCAAAUAUGAGUCAUCCUUGAGAUACAAAACUCUCACUGAGCCAACUAAUAUUAUACAAGAGAAUAUCAAAUUCAAUUCGUCGUUUCGAAUUAAGUUUAAUGCGACUGGUGUAGAUAAAAUUUUCACAUGUGGAAGAAGUCCAAACGAAGAUAUUAUGAAAGAAAUUGGUAAUUUAUUUAACAUAGGUAAUGAGUUAAAGGUACAUAUAAAAGAAACACAUCCUCGCGUCGAUGGCCAACAAGAAUAUAUUACAUUCGAUGUACAAGAAACGAUAUCACUAGGUCGUUGCGAUACCUGUUAUAAUAUAAAGAUAGAAAAAGAGAAGAAUGAGAAAAUAAAAAAACUUCCUCAUUUCCAAGUUAUAUUUUUAGAGUUCAAAAAUAAAGGCAACAUAAAUGUACAUCUUGAGAAGAACAGACUGAAAUGUAAUUAUUCAAGAGAAUUUACCGAUUUCAUGAUAGGGAUGGAAAUGACGGAACAUACCCAUUUAAUGAAAGUGUUCGAUAAUAAAUUUGAAAUUACCACCAUAAGAGAUGUGCAGCUACCAUUUGAUAUAUAUAAUUCUGAAUAUAAACGUGUGUUUAGGGAAACAACGCUGCUUAAUCUAAAUAGCAUCAGCGUUUCAUCUGCUAUUCCACUUUCUUCUAUUGGGUGUGUAUGGACCAUCUUAUAAUAAUUAAAUAUAUCAAAUUUUAUAAAGAUAAAUAAACACAUUUUAUUUGA